CGCAAGUCUCUUCACCUGUCCAAGUCAUAUCACACUACAGGUCAGGCACUUGCUGCUAUCUGACAGCAUACAUUGACAAAAAAAUCCAACAUUGUCUAUCAGAAUGCGGCGUAGGCCACCCUGAGGCAUCAUCGACCCCCCCCAAAACGCCUUACAGCCACGCACAACACAGUCUGGCUGAGAAUGGCCGAUCAGAAUCCCGAAGCUUUGGCUUCUACCACCACACCUUCCGCUUCCGUCACAGCUCCUGUGACACGUGCAGCACAGCAUAAAAGAUCUUGGAGCGGUUGUGCAAGAUGUAAAAAGCGCAGGCAGAAAUGUGAUGAGCAGAGACCUGGUUGUGGGAGAUGUCAAGGUGCUGGUGUAGAAUGUGUUUAUGAGGUUAAGUUGAGAUGGGGUGGGAGAGCAUUUAAUCAGUCGAGGUUUGGGGCUUGUAUUUCUGAUGCUGGAGGUGCUGGGGUUUCUGAGGAUAAGGUUGGGAAGGUGAAGAAACUUGGGAAUGUGAACCAAGGAUUUGUUUAUACCGUGAAUAGCUUUCAGGUGCAACCUCAGCCUCCGAGAGUUACUACGGCAUCAGCUCCGCCUCCUGCUGUACAAGCACCAUUGCCACUUGAACAGCCACAGGAUGAUUCGACAUUGCUAGAUCUACCACUGGACAUAGAUGACUCUCUGGCCUUGAUCCCGACAUCACCCUCGGAAGGACUUCUGCUAGAUGACUACAACCUCGACUUCUUUCCUCUUUUCGUCCCGGUGGAUCCGUUCGUGAAUUUAGGAACACUGGACAGGUCAUUGCUCGACCAUUUCAUCAAUGGCACAUCCCAUGUCAUCUCAUGCCAUGCCAAAGUCCGAGAAGACGUAUGUCGAGUUAUCGUUCCUGCCGCUCUGCAGAGUCCAACUCUCUUUUACGCCACAGCUGCCCUCUCUGCGAUCCACCACAAGUCGCGUCUCGGCUUCGGAAGCGACACCUUGCGACAAGAUCCCCUAAUAUCCCGCCUCCUGACAAACAGUCUCUUCGGCCUUCAAAGCGACUUGCUGGAAAAGGAUGUCAACAAAAGUAGCGUCCUCCUAGCCACAAUCCGCACACUUUUCCUCUGCGAAGUCCAUGCCGGUGGCGAUAGGCCUGGAACCUGGCGCGCGCACUUUGAAGGUGCAAAAGCACUUAUGCUAGAUAUAGAGUCUUGGGCCGGCUACUCGUCCAAGCAAAGAGAUAGCACAAGAUACUUUCUCAAGCGCUGGUAUAACAUGACCGAAAGCUUUGUAGCUCUAACCACUGAUGGUCUGGCUUCUGGUCAAUUAGCUAGAUUCGGCCCUAGGACCUUGGAUGGCGACGAAGAGGAAAAAGUCUACUUGGAUGAAUACGCAGGAUUCGCCACCGACCUGACUCCAAUCUUCCGCGAGAUUGGAGCAGCGGCUUGGGAACGACGGAAUGAGCUUCAACCCACCAUCCUCGAAGAAGGCGACCUAGACGAGGAAGCUGCUUCCCUAGCUUCUUGCAUCUGGGCUCGCUUAGACGAAGCAAAAAUCCUACCUCCCAAGUUUCGCCCUGGUGUUGAAGAACAGUUAUCUUCUCGUCAGAAAAAGGAUUUCUUGUCGUGUAAUGAAAUUUGGCACCACAUGGCACUAAUCUACAUCUACCGGCGUAUUUCCUCACACCCUGCUUCCUCACCACCGGUUCAAAGCUCUGUGCAUACAAUCCUCACCUGUAUAGAGAGCUUGACAGCUACAGCUGGCCUAACACCAUUAGUGGUUAUGACAACACCGUUAUUUGUUGCUGGAUGUGAGGCUCAAGGAAACGACCGCGAUCGUGUAAGGGUACUGCUAAGAAACAUGUUUAACCUUUUGCACAUUCCCAACAUCCAUCGAUCAUUAGAGGUACUGGAGAGCUUUUGGGCGAGUACGGAGAAGGGAGAAGCACAGGAUUGGGAUAGCUUCAUGCAUGACCAGCAUUGGGACUUCUUGCCUUAUUGAAAGGGCUCUCGUCAAGGAAUCGACCUGGCUUUGUGGCAGCACCAAAAUCGGGCUUUCACUGCAAAAUGCAGAAGACUGGCAGAUGAAAUUUGGGCAGACUGGUGCAAAGUCCCAGUAACUAGGAAGCCUUGCAGCUUCUGCAGUUGCCAUCGGUUUGGAUAUGAGUGGAGCAUGGCGACGUGAUCGGGAUUGACACGUUACAUGACGUCUAGAAAAAGCCAUUCUAGGUUCCCAGUAUCGGGGCAUUGUCACGAAUUCUCAGGGAAAGCGAAAGAUGUCCUCGAAACUCGAGCGAUCACGACCUCAUGCGCGCCAGAGCAUGACGCCGCAUAUCAUGGCGCAAGCCACAUACCCAAUCAAAGCCCCCAGU